AUGUCGUCCGCGUAUCUUUCCAGCGCCGUUUCGCGCGUCUCUGGAGUGAGCGCUUCGGAGGAGCUGGGCGACAGCGCUGCUCACCAACCUGGCGUAUCGCCACCCUUGUCACCAGUCAAUGAGCGCGACAUCGAGCUGAGCGCACCAUUGCCAGUCUUUAGAUCACACGAGAGACCUCCAAGUCCAGAGACGCAGAUCAGAAGAGGAUCAGCCACUGCUCAGACUUUGGAUUGGACAGCUCUUGCGGGGCCAUCGCCCACUCAUGCGCCCACGCCGUUGCACGAAGCUGAGCUGAGCCAAGGCGCAUCCUUUGGCCAUGCACCAUCCGCAUACCCACCGGCUGCGCCAUCCACGGUGCUCGGUGCCAUCACGCCAGGCACGGAAGAAGCAGAUCCGCUCCUGCUGCGAUCUCGUCUCGUCUCGGACACGGACCUGCGGCGCAGACCCAGUCAAGCCAAGGGAGGCAGAAAGGCGGAAAAGCGAAUGAGGGAGUUUUACGACGAGCAGAAUCUGCACAUUGAGAGGCUGCUCAAGCCUAUGCAUCAGCACGCUUCGGAAGAUGCGGAGGAGAUGGCCAGUGUGGGCAGGAGCGUCAAGUUGCUCAUCUACAUCAACAUUGCUGCCAAUUUCGUCUUGGCUGGACUGCAACUCUUUGCCGCCAUCUCUUCUGGCUCCCUCUCCCUCUUCGCCACAGCAGCCGACAGCGUAUUUGACCCAUUUGCCAACAUCUUUUUGAACUGGCUGCAUCGCAAAUCCGAAAGGCUGGACGAGAGGAAAUGGCCAUCGGGCGGAUCGAGGAUUACGAAUGCUGGCAACAUUGCCUACUCGUGCAUCAUGCUCAGCGUCUCGCUCAUCCUCAUCGUCGAAAGUAUUCGAGACAUUGCUACACACAAAGCGGGAGAGGAGAACGAUCUCUACAUUCCUUCGUUGGUCGCCGUAGGUGUGGCCUUUGCCACCAAGCUCACGCUAGCCGUCGUCAACUACGGUCUCCGCAAGUACAGCUCGCAGCUGGAAAUGCUCUACGUCGACUGCCGCAACGAUCUGGUAAGUACUUGCUUUGUGCGCUGGAUGGCGUUCAGUCCUGCUCGAAGCAGAUGCCACGCGUGUCUCGUGAGAGUGACUGAGUCUCCCUCGCCUUCCUGCGCCGCAGUGGAUCAAUGGGUUUGGUAUCUUCACUGCCGCAGCUGGAGCGAAGAUCGCGUGGUGGAUCGACCCAUUGGGCGCCAUCAUCAUCUCCAUCGGCAUCGUGGUGGUCUGGACGCGCACCGCCUUUUCCGAGUUCAAGGAGCUGUGCGGAGCGUCGGCACCCACAGAAUUCUAUCAGCUGGUCACCUACAACGCCAUGCUGCACUCGGAACACAUCAAAUCCAUCGAUUCCAUCAAGGCCUAUCACUCUGGCCCAAAUUACUUCGUCGAAGUGGACAUCGUCAUGGACAGCAGCGCCCCGCUCAGCCUCACCCACGAUGUUUCUCAAGACCUUCAGGACCGUUUGGAGAGCUUGCCUCGCGUGGAAAGAUGCUUCGUGCACGUAGAUUGGGAGGUCACUCACGCUCCUGAGCACCGCAAGACUCGAUGA